AUGUCUCAAAAGCCAAGCGCUAUCAUUUUCGGUGGUCUAAAUACAUGUUCACGAGCACUCGCAGCAUUACUAGUCCCACCUGAGGGGGAGAGACUCGUUUCGCACCUUCGCAUCGUCGAUAGAUUCUCCGUUUAUCCGCCCACAACAUAUCUGGGCGCUGAGUUCCCAAAGGUCCUGGCUCAACCCGAUGUUGAAUAUCGCCAAGCCAAUUUAACUGUUCCUUCCGCGGUCGCAUCUACUUUCGAUCCCCCGGCUGGCAAAGCACCCUACUCAUACGUCUUCGAUCUCACCGGUGAGAUCAAUCAUGACCGCAGUGAAGUUAUCGCAAUCAAAUUGACCUUCACCGUCGCUCGCAUCAUCGGUCUGGAGGCUGCCCGUAGAAAAGUCAAUGCUUACGUACGACUACAGCAACCCGUGUAUGAAACAUCAGACAAGGGUCCACAUGACGAGAAGGAAGACGUUAAACCUGUGCGACCAUUAGAUGUCUGGUGGCAUGAAACACUCCGAAUGUUAGCUUCUAUUGAUGACCUUCCUCUUGUCGUCCUGCGAAUUGGAUUUGUGUAUGGCCCUUACGUCGAGUUCGGACUCUAUCCACUAGUAAUCACGGUUGCGUCCAUCUACGGUUACAUGAAUAAACCAAUGAAAACCCCAUGGGGCCCCGGAAAAGACGGCGUCAACACAGUUCACAUAGAUGAUGUUUCAGGCGGUUUAUGGGCAUGUGCAGAGUGGAUGGCUUCCCUUGGCCGUCAGCAGGCAAUCAUAACUGCAGGAGAGAAAAUUUAUUUUCAUAAUGACAAAUCAAAGGUUAAGGAGAUUGAGGGCGCGUGUUUAUUUGACGCACAACCCAUAGCACCUGUCUUUAAUUUGGUUGAUGACUCAGAGAUGACUAUGGCUAAAGGCGGGUCAAUGAUAACAGAAUUCUUCGGGACAACGUUUGAGUUUUACUCAUUCUUUGAAAAUGCCUUGGCAAAGCUUAAACUCGAUGACAUCGUCGAGGAAAUCAACGAGCACCACGUUGGUACCUGGACUGAAAUGCUUCAGACAUCCAACCCCCCGAUCACACAGACCCCACUUGAUGCCUACAUGGACCAAUGGGCCCUUUCACGACGCAAACUUGCCUACAACAAUAGCAAAAUCAAGAAAGUCAUCGGAUACAAGCUCAAACGUCCGCAGUUCACGCACGACGCGCUCCGCGAAGUGGUGGACAAGUGGAAAGCGGAGGGCUCCUGGCCCGCACUCUAG